UGGUGUUUUUUGUGUUUAUUCUAAGAGAAAAGUAAAUAAAUAGUUAGGGGAGCGGGGGGUAAAAGUGUUAAAUAUAGAUUUAGUAAGGACUAGUUUGAUCAUAAGUUUGUUUGUUUUUUUCCCCUAGUAAAAAAAAAAGUAGAAACAAAAACAAAAGCAAAAAAAUAAAUAAAAAUACUACGAGCAUGAUGAAGGAGGAGGAGGAGUUUAAGAUCACGAUUCGUUGUUCGGACGGGGUGUGCGUCGACGCGAAACCCUUUGCCAAGGAGUGUAUGCUUAUACGUAACGAUUACGAGUGUCGAUUUUUUGAAAAGUUCAAAUUCGAAGGCCAAAGCGACAUCCUUUACAAGGUUGCUGAAUUUUGUGAGGGACGUGCCAAGAUCAACAAUAAUAAUCCUGCCGAUUUGAAUGCUUUCGAUUCCCAAUUUCUCCAACGCUACCACAGCGAUGCUAUUAAUCUUAUGAUUGCUGCUUUCUAUUUGGACAUAAAAAGCCUAAAGGAGCUGCUGAUGAAAGAAGUUGAUGACAUGCUCACCAAGAUGACUGCCGAUGAGAUUUACGGCAUCUUCCAUAACAAUUUGAAAGACUAUAAUUAUUAUAAAUUUGAAAUCAUGGUACAUCUCCUCAAUAAUUUCCCCGAAGAAUUUGAAUAAAUAUCAUCUAGUAGCUACGGCUUCUUCUUGUUGUCCUUAUGGUAAAUGUUGUUUGUCUUGUGACUAGCUGCUUCCAUUUUGUGUUCUAGUCUUUGUCACUUCAGUUUUUAUUCAA